AUGCCGAGUUUAUUUGAAGCGGAUGAAGCGGAUAAGAGGAUGAGCGAAGUGUGGCAGGAUAGCGAUGAAAGCAAAUAUAAAGGCAAUAUUCCUUCUAUGCUAUCAUCAGCUACAAGCAUCAUAAGUCCACGACGUAUAGGAACAAAAACCCUUCAUUCAAUACUUUUCGCAGAAGCUUUCAGUUGCGGAAAAGUUAAGUCUCAACUGCCAUCAUUUCUCUUCCUUCGGACUUGCAUGCGGCGCCUAGCAGACACUUCUCUGGCAGCGAAAGAUCUAAUCUCAAGUUCACGCUUCAAACUCUGUCUUUGA